UGGAGAUGGCCCGAGUGCUGAUGGAGAGGAACCAGUACAAAGAGCGACUUAUGGAGCUGCAGGAAGCUGUGCGGUGGACUGAGAUGAUCAGGGCUUCAAGGGAAAAUCCAACUAUCUCAGAAAAAAAGAAAUCCAGCAUCUGGCAGUUCUUCAGCAGACUGUUUAGCUCCUCCUCCAGUGCCCCUGCCGUAAAGUUUGAAUCCCAGUCCAAUACGAAGUACAGCACUCCGGGCAGCACGGUGAAGAGGAGCAGCACUUUCUCCCAGUUCCCCACGGAGAAGUCCAAGACAUUUGACUUCCUCAAUGAAGAUAAGGAACAGUGCAGUUCUCCAUCACGUAAAGAGCAGAAGAGAAGCCAGUACAGACAGGUCAAGGCUCACGUGCAGAAGGAGGACGGACGAGUCACUGCGCAUGGCUGGAGCCUGCCCAGCAAAUACAAGGUAGCAAACGGUGGACAAGUGGAAAACAAAAUGAACUUACCUGUGCCGGUUUACUUGAGACCUCUGGACCAGAAAGAUGCUUCUAUGAAGCUGUGGUGCGCUGCCGGGGUCAACCUGUCCGGGGGUCGGGCAUUUUCCUCAUCAGAGCUUUCUAAGCAGACAAAGGGUUCUCAGAGCAGCUUGGAUCAGCUGGAGCAGGAGAGUAAGGAUCGGGAAAAAGGGGAGAAAGAGAAGGAGCUGAUUGUUCAGGACGAGAUGUCCAGUCGUGUGUGGGUGUGCACUAGCACCCACUCCUCCACCAAGGUUAUGGUUCUGGAUGCCACUCAGCCCUCUGACCUGCUCGACAGCUUCUACGCCUGCAACACUCACAUUGUCUGCAUCGCCAGUGUGCCAGGUGUGUUGGAAACUGAUUAUCCAGCAGGUGAAGCUGUACCCCAAGACCUGGAGUCCAGCCAAGGGGAUGCGGCGUCACUGGCUGGCAGCGUGGCCAGUGUAGGCUCAGCAGGCAGCGAUAGCGCCUCGGCAGCCGAGGGCACCACUGCCAUUCCCCAGACAGCUAGUGCAGGUGUUGCCGACCAGCCGGCUGAGCACAGCGCCACCUCAGCCUCUGCUCCCACUGUUGAGUUGUCCAGAGAGACCAGUCCAGCAGAAGAUGGGGUUCCCACAGCGGAAGAGGCAACAGAAGCAACGGAGGCUAAUGCUGGCGUGGGCGAAGAAGGAGAGGAAGAUCAGGGGGCUGACCAAAACCAGCCAGGAAUCUACACGGAGCACGUGUUCACCGACCCACUCGGGGUGGAACCCACUGACUCCUUAGUUGCUGAAUCACAGAGGGGAUCCAGACAGGAUGGGGUGACUUCUCUGGCAGAAGACUCGGACCCAUCAGAGAUUGAGGUCCUGAGGAUGAGCAGUGCACUUCCCACCAUGUGGCUCGGUGCUCAGAAUGGGUGUCUGUACGUCCACUCGUCUGUGGCUCGGUGGAGGAAAUGUCUUCAUGCCAUCAAACUGAAAGACUCGAUCCUCAGCAUAGUGCAUGUUAAAGGGAGGGUCCUGGUAGCACUGGCUGAUGGGACAUUAGCAAUUUUCCACAGAGGCAUUGCAGACGGACAGUGGGAUCUAACCAACUACCAUCUGCUGGAUCUGGGCCGGCCCCACCACUCUAUCCGCUGUAUGACCGUAGUCCACGAUAAGGUUUGGUGCGGCUACAGAAAUAAGAUCUACGUCAUCCAGCCAAAGGCCAUGAGGAUAGAGAAAUCCUUUGACGCUCAUCCUCGGAAGGAGAGCCAGGUACGGCAGCUGGCCUGGGUUGGAGAUGGCAUCUGGGUGUCCAUCCGACUGGAUUCAACUCUACGCUUGUUUCACGCCCACACCUACCAGCACCUCCAGGAUGUGGACAUUGAGCCCUAUGUCAGCAAGAUGCUGGGUACAGGUAAAUUGGGUUUCUCAUUUGUGAGAAUCACCGCUCUCGUCGUAUCCUGCAACCGACUGUGGGUGGGUACAGGAAAUGGCGUAAUCAUCUCCAUCCCGCUCUCUGAAGCUAACAGAACAACAGGAACAGUGCCAAAUCGCCCGGGCAGUGCUGUACGGGUCUACGGUGAUGACAGCUCUGUGACAGACUGUGCAAUGCCAGGCAGCUUUGUGCCAUACUGCUCCAUGGCUCACGCCCAACUAUGUUUCCACGGACACCGGGAUGCUGUCAAGUUUUUUGUGACAGUGCCAGGUCAGGCGAUGCCACCUCCAGGUGGUGCAGAUUCAGGCUCUGAUGACCCUGCAUCCGAAUCCUCUGACACAGCAACUUCUGAGACCAAAACCUACCUGGUCAUGAGUGGAGGGGAAGGCUACAUUGACUUCAGGAUGGGUGAUGAAGUAGGCGAGUUGGAUGGUUUAUCCGAAUCGACAGCCAGCCUGCAGUCGGCGCCUGCCAAGAACGAGCGGAGUCACCUCAUCGUCUGGCAGGUCACGACUUCUCACGAUUGAAAAACUUCAUAGACUCUUGUGUUUAUGCCAGGGGUGCCCACCAACCCCUGCAUGCCAUUCUGGAAGUUUUUAAUUUGUUCUUAAUACCUGAGUAGUUUACUACUUUGUAAAGAAAUCAAAAAGAAAACAAACAAAGAAAAAAAAACAAUUAUUUUUAGUCCAUGUUUUGUAAAUUUUAUUGUUUAUGAAUCUGAAAUAGGUAAAAUGAAGUAUAUGUUAACUUUAAGAAUACGUCCAGGCGUUCCCUUCUGCAUGCUGAAGAAGCUGGUGCACACACAGGGGACAGGGGAAAGGCUACCUUUUAGCACAUCGUGUGGGAUGGGCAGUUUGAUCAGGUAAUUGUCUGUUGCUUUGUAUCUCAAACGUUAAAAAGGCUUUCGUUGUAAACAAAAAAAAGGGACUUACCUGAAGUUGAAGUCAUCUAAAUAAAGAGCAGGCGGUUUUGAGUUAAACUGAAGUAUAUUUUAUAGUAAUCAGACUAUAGCACUACAUGUGUUAACCAGCACCGACGUCUUUCCUGUGUUGAACAUUUUAAGACCUGAGCAUCAAAAACCUGCAAGUUAUAAACGUAUAAAAAGGUAUCGAAUUUCUUGUCACCGGCGAUAUCAGGCUGAUUACUCGACUGUAUUGUUUGUUUGGUAUUAGAGACAUAGCUUGCAGCAAGUGGUGCACAUUAAACACACUGUUGCAUAUUUAAAUGUGCUUUUAUGCAGGAAAAGCUGUAGGCUACAACAUUGUUUGGGAGUUCGAAUGUCCCACCAGUUGCAACAGGCUGAUGUUUUGUUCUAUGAAUCAUGUCUAAGCACUUUGGGUACUUCAAGGUUUCCUGUGGUUAGAAGAACUAGUUUACUGUAGGUUAGCAGUAGCCUGCAUGAAGAAACCCCUCGUGCCGUAGGUGAGGAAAAUCUUCCUGUGCCGCCAGCUCAGUGCUUCCUGUUUGCUUCAGCUCGUCGGCACUUUAAAUUGUUAGAUGUUAGUCGCUUUGGAGGAAAACUGCUGUGUCCUGUUUGUAUGAAGGGAACAAAAUGUACAAAUAUUUUUUAGGAAGAUGGUCCCAGUAACCAAAGGAUGUACGAAGAAGUAUCUCAAAACUAUUUCAUUUGUAACUCAAAUAUUUGGGAGCGCGUGCGCGCAUAUAUUCAGGAUUUAAGCUCGAAUGAUGCAAAUUUAACUAACAGCAACAUUUCUGUGUGGCACCUUGAAUCGGACGGCACUAAAGAGAGACUCUCCUGAUUGCUUCAUCAUUCCAUGUUUCAUUGUUACACACACAGAUUUCAGGCCUAUAAGGCACAUUUUCUUUAUUUUUUUGUUGUUAUUUUGGGCAUUGUGUGUGUUUUGUAUCCAUUUGUGAGACACUUUGAUUAAGAGAUGAGUAUUUUGAUGAUUUGACUGUAACCUGACAGCAGGAUACCAACAUUAAGAAGAUGUUGUAAUUUGUUUUUAUAUGUGAAGCCUUGGUCUUCAGUCCAUUUCAAAACAGUAACUUUAUAUUGUGUUUUUGCCAUUCCAGUAUUUAUUUCCUUUGCUAUCGAGCCUAUCUUGGUUCAGAAUGUAACUUUCUACACGGGCAGAGUAUCAUAGGCGGCUAUUGUGAACAGAAUAGUCUAACGAGUUUACAUGAUUGUUAAUAAUGGUUAAAUAAAAUGGAUUAAUGUCAUUAUGUUGGAAAUUUUUCACAAACCAUGAGAUCAAAUUGUGCAGAGAAAAACUUUCAUUCAUGUACUAAGCUAUGCAUGUUUUUUUAGAGAACACUGCUAUAUUAUCGGCUAAAUCUCAGUAUAUUGCCACCGUUUUGGGUGGGGUGGAUGUCAGUGUAUGUAUGUGCGUGUUUUGUGUUUAGAGUACACAUGUACACUUAGGAGUGUCUGCCAGUGUGUGUUUGAUUUUCCAAGUGUGUGGUGUGUGUCUGCUUAGUGUAUGUUCAUCCUUAAAAACAAAACCCAGAGGCUGGUCCCAUUUAUUUCUCUGGGCGCCAUAAAUGGUGGUCAAUGUUUGCUAAAACAGUAUCAUAGCCUUAUUUUUAACAAUCUAUUAAACUCAGUUUCAUGGAUAA